GUUUCUGAUAAUCUGUCACCUUCAGAGCCAUUUAAAGAAAUCAAGAAAGACCCAAGAAACCUUCCACUUCCAUGCUUCUCUUUUACUGUUUGAAAGGCAUUCUCCUCAUUACCUACCACUGAUAACUCCACCCCUUCUUAUUAUUCCCCCAACCCUGAAUUCCAUGUCCCAGCACUUUCUGCACAUUUCUUCAGCAAAGGGAGGGGAUUAUAGUUGUUGUUUUAGAGGGUUAGGGUUUUCAAAGAGGGGGAGGUGUGGUGCCAGAAAGGUCCAUUUGAGCUUAGAUUCAAGUUGCCAUUUGCUUACCAGGGAAAACCCAGGAAGCAAAUCCUGUCCAACUGGGCGUAUAUCUGGUGUUUGGACAAUGGGGUUGAUUUGGGUUUGUUGGAUUCGGUUUAUUUCAGCAUGGGGUGUUCUUUGAUUGGAGAUCUAGGGUUAAUCUUUGGUUCUUUGGCAUCGGGGAAAGGUGUCGAGAAGGCGGUUCAGAGAUCUGGGCUGUGAAAUCUGCUUCGUGAAUCUCUUCAUAGGCAUCUUCAUCUGAAAAAAUGGCCACAGAUCUCAACGCUGAGUUAUCCAAGAAAACAGGUGUAUUGGGCCUCAAGGUGUGGGUUUUGAUUGGGAUAUGUGUCAUGCUGUCUAUUGUAAUCAUUCUCACUGUGAUGGUCAUAUGUCUUUUUUCACGGAGGAGGUCAAGAAGGUCUAAUGACAAUCUUCCGCUUAGCCAAAUCCCUGCAGUUUCUAAGGAAAUCAAAGAAGUGAGGGUUGACCAAGUAUCAACAAAUGAUUUCCGUCCUCGUGAUGGGUUUCUUCUCACAAUUCAUGACAAGUCCAGUGACAAAGAGUCGGACAGGGUUAUGGUUCAUUUGGGUAUGGGCAAAACAAGGAAUGGGGAUAAUACCAGCCAAUCAGGUUCAUUUCAUCAUAUGGACAAAGAUGAUGUUGGUUCUCAGUCUGGAGAAGAGGGGAGUUCUGGGACGGUUACUGUAUACAGGUCAUCUUCUUCACACCCUAUCACUGCUCCAUCACCUUUAGUUGGCCUGCCUGAAUUUUCUCACCUUGGUUGGGGUCACUGGUUUACUUUGAGGGACCUGGAACUUGCUACAAACAGGUUUUCAAAAGAAAAUGUCAUUGGAGAGGGUGGGUAUGGAGUUGUUUAUCGUGGUCAUCUGAUCAAUGGGACACCAGUGGCAGUUAAAAAGCUCCUCAACAAUUUAGGCCAAGCAGAAAAAGAAUUUAGUGUGGAAGUUGAGGCCAUCGGUCAUGUGCGCCACAAAAACUUAGUUCGACUGCUAGGGUACUGCAUUGAAGGCACACACAGGAUGUUGGUCUACGAAUAUGUCAACAAUGGGAAUCUGGAGCAAUGGCUUCAUGGGGCUAUGCGUCAGCAUGGAUAUCUUACUUGGGAGGCCAGGAUGAAGGUUCUUCUUGGCACUGCCAAGGCGCUUGCAUACUUGCAUGAAGCUAUUGAGCCAAAAGUGGUGCACAGAGACAUCAAAUCUAGCAACAUAUUGAUCGAUGAUGAUUUCAAUCCAAAGGUAUCCGACUUUGGUCUAGCUAAGUUGCUGGGUGCAGGGAAAAGUCAUAUUACCACUCGAGUGAUGGGAACUUUUGGGUAUGUGGCUCCAGAAUAUGCAAAUACUGGUCUUUUGAAUGAAAAGAGUGAUGUUUAUAGCUUUGGAGUUGUCCUGUUGGAAGCAAUUACCGGAAGAGAUCCUGUGGACUAUAGUCGGCCAGCCAAUGAGGUAAAUAUGGUUGACUGGCUCAAAAUGAUGGUUGGCAGCAGGCGUUCAGAAGAAGUGGUGGACCCAAACAUUGAGACAAGGCCUUCGACAAGAGCCUUGAAAAGAGCUCUUCUGACUGCUUUGAGAUGUGUUGACCCUGACUCAGACAAGAGACCAAAGAUGGGCCAAGUUGCCCGCAUGCUCGAGUCAGAGGAGUAUCCCAUACCCAGAGAGGAUCGAAGGCACCGGAGGAGUCAAGCAGGGAGCAUGGAGAUUGAAUGCCAGAGGGAGAACUCUGACACGGACAAGAGUGACAAUCCUGAUUUGAGAGUGGAAAGCAGAAGAAACCACAGGACUUAAUUUAACAUGAAGGCGAUUUAGUCAAUCCUAGAAAUAUAGAGUUAUUCUUAAAUUCUUUCAGCCAACUGCAUUCUUGAGUCUGCCUACUUGACACCAGAUCGAAGGGUGACAAGGCGCAGCUGUGCAGCCUUGCACCGGGUGGUGGGGAAGCAGGGUAGAGGCUCAUUAGUGUCUUUUGGGUUUUUCUUGUUUCUUGUAGAUGAUGGUGAGGAUUAUUUUGUGUAUGAAAAUGUUAUAAUGGAGAACCCAAACCACUGGUGGUGUGUACAGUUUAGUUUAUCUGUAAUUCUCGUUUAUUUUUCAUGAAAUGUUUUUCUUGCUGCAAAAA